CUUCCACCAUACCUCCAUGAAGUCGAAUAUACUUUCACUCUGAGAAGUCCAUCUGCCAUUUUCUUUCUCAGAACACACAGAUAAUGUCGCUCACCAUACCAAAUGCUCCCAAUGCUGGGCUAUUCAAGCCCGGCUACCAGAAUUACGACGCCGAAGAUGGCGCCGUCAUCCGAAACAUAGACGCAUGCAGAACGAUUGCAUCAACGGUGCAAACCUCGCUAGGUCCCUAUGGACGGAAUAAAAUUGUCAUCAACCACCUCGCGAAGAUGAUCCUCACAUCCGAUGCGGCGACUAUAUUGCGGGAACUGGAGGUUGUGCACCCAGCAGCAAAGCUUCUGGUCAUGGCAAGCCAGCAGCAAGAGGCGGAGAUGGGUGAUGCCACUAAUAUGGUCAUUGUAUUGGCUGGCGAGCUGUUGAAGAAAGCCGAAGAACUGAUUCGGAUGGGUUUGAAAACGAGCGACAUUGUUCAAGGAUACGAGAAGGCACAGAACCAGGCCUUGAAAAUCCUCGAAGAUCUUGAAAUCGACAAGGUAACCGACCUCCGAUCCCAAGAGGAGCUCAGCAAAGCCAUCCGAACCGUUAUUGCAUCCAAGCAGUCCGGAAACGAAGACCUGCUCGCCGAUUUGGUUGCGGAGGCCGUACUUGCCGUCCUGCCCAAGGAUCCCAUAAAUUUCAACGUUGACAACGUCCGUGUUGUGAAGAUCAUGGGAGGGAGUCUCGAACAAAGCAGGGUCGUCAAAGGCAUGGUAUUCGGUCGUGAACCCGAGGGCAAUGUCAAGAAGGCCAAGAAGGCCAAAGUCGGAGUCUACACUUGUCCUGUUGACAUCAGCCAGACCGAGACAAAGGGGACCGUGUUGCUGCACAACUCAAAAGAACUCUUGGAUUUCACCAAGGGCGAGGAGACGCAGGUUGAAGCCAUUGUCAAGGAGCUCUACGAUUCCGGUAUUCGCGUCGUUAUUGCCGGCUCUACGGUCGGCGAACUUGCGAUGCACUACCUGAACCGCUUCGGCAUUUUGAUCAUCAAAAUCCUGUCCAAGUUCGAGCUCCGGCGCCUCUGCCGGGUGGUUGGAGCGACCCCGUUGGCCCGUCUUGGGGCCCCCAUGCCUGAUGAGAUGGGGAGCAUCGACAUUGUCGAAACCCUCGAGAUUGGUGGCGAUCGGGUGACGGUCUUCCGCCAAGAAAACGACCUGACACGAACCGCUACCCUGAUCCUUCGUGGUGCGACCCAAAACCAUCUCGACGACGUCGAACGCGCGGUCGAUGAUGGUGUCAAUGUGGUGAAGGCUAUCACGAAAGAUCCUCGCUUGGUGCCUGGCGCGGGAGCUACAGAAAUGCAGCUUGCUGAGAGAAUAGGAGCCAUUGGCGAGAAAACUCCGGGACUGGCUCAGUAUGCGAUCAAAAAGUAUGCUGAAGCAUUCGAGGUCAUUCCACGGACGCUUGCGGAAAGUGCGGGCUUGGAUGCUACGGAGGUCCUCAGUCGGUUGUACUCUGCCCACGCCUCCAAGGCCGAGGAGGACGACGAAGACUGGACCGUCGGUGUCGAUAUCGAGAACGAAGAUGGAACGGGAACGCUUGAUGCCGCCGAUGAGGGCAUCUUGGAUUUGCUUGUGGCGAAGAGUUGGGCCAUCAAGCUUGCGACCGAGGCCGCGCGGACUGUCUUGAGCGUCGACCAGAUCAUCGUCGCCAGACAGGCUGGUGGACCUAAGCCGCCGGGACCCAACGCGAAUUGGGAUGAGGACUAGAUUGCAGAUAUGUUCAAGGCAUCAUCAUAGAGGCGAAAAGGGCGUAUACCCACCAACACACUUGGAGUUUAUAUGGAUUGAUAGAGCCAAUGUAUCAUGAUUUGAGCAUACGUCUGGCACGUGCAUUUCCGCCUUAAGAUACUGUCUCAUCCGAACUUGAACGCUACCCCUUCUUUCUUGACCGUGUUCUUUCCUCCACCUGCGUAACCCGUGCCCUCGCUUCUAAUCAGCACAAGACCCGGUUUUCGACCCUUGUCC